AAACCGAAAUAUUUAAUACGGAAUGAGUACGAACUAAAUAUGUACCCUUCAUGCUAGAGUCACCCAUACUCUCUAGUCCAACUGAACCUCAAAGGGGCUCAAUCGGCUUCAUGCUAGAGUCACCCAUACUCUCUAGUCCAACUGAACCUCAAAGGGGCUCAAUCGGCCGCAUUUGUCUUCUCUCUUCCACUGGAUCUGAGCAAGUUCAGAAUGUCGAGUGCUUCAGAAUCUCACAAUUCAGACCCCGAAACCCCAAUUCAAGAUGAACCAAGCAGAUCUCAUUCACGGCCCCAGAACCGAGGCAACCCUCAAAAUCAAGAAAUCCCUGCUCGAGAAGGCCCGGAAUCCCGCCUGGAAGAAAACCCCGAGGAAGAAUUAUCAGGUGAGGCUCUUCCUCGACUUCCUUCUUCUUCUUCUUCUGACGCGGCUGCUCCACCGAUCGGUGGAAACUUGCUUGAUGCCUCUUCGGCGUCGCCAUCCAACCCUAUCCAGCGCGUUUUCAAGCGUAAGAAGGGUAAUAACGCCAAGAGGGUACAGGCUAUGGAGAAGAAAUUGAGUGCCCUUGAGAGGAGUUUGAACCCUAUCCCCUUUAGGCCCGCCAAGAAUUUUGAUUUUAACAAACACGAGAAGCUGUUGAAGCAGCUGGGGUUGUGGGACUUUGUUCACAUUGAGUUCGAUCAAAAUAUUAGGGCAGAUUUGAUUGUCCAGUUGGUUGUAUGGUAUGAUCCUAGACUUAGGGCUAGCUAUGUGAAUGGAUAUAGGAUAGCUGUGAAUAGAGCCGAUUUAGGGCGGGCUCUAAAGUUGCAUGUGAAGAAGGAGAAGGGUGCUGAAUUGGAUGGGGAGUCCUUGUCCGAUGAAUCCGUGGAAUUCAUUGAGGAUUUUGUGUCGAAUUGGGUGCUCUUGCACGAGGACAUGUGGAUAAUGCCGGAUGAGGUGGUGAGCUGGUUGAAACUUAUCAAGAACAAGCACCCAGAGAAGGUAGACUGGCCUGGGUUGUUCUGGUUCAUGGUGGAGAAAGAGUUGUCAUGUGGGGAGCAGUUGGAGGACUGUUACUAUGCUUCUCAUUUGCAGUGUUUAAUUAGGUCACAACGUGAAGAGCUGUUGUUAAGCGAGAACCCGUCCCAGAAGGCUCAAAACAAAAAGGAAUUUUCGAACGAGCAGCCCGAGAAGGCUCAACAUGAAGGGGAAUUGUUGAAUGAGGAACCUCAGAAGGCACUACUCCUUAAAGACAAUAUCUUUACCGAUGAACCUGAAAAGUUACAAAACAAAGACGAGAUGUUCACAGAGGAGCAUAACAAUGUGGAAGGAGGCAACAAGCAAGAGGAAGGUGAGCGUGAUGUGAAAGUGGGUCAAGAAGAAGGGGCUGUGUUCAAAGAGCCAAAUGUUGAGCUCACAUUGGGCCCGGAUAUGGAAGAAGAUGUGGAGAUGAUAGAUUCCGAGGAGCAUGUAGAACAAGAAGAUGAUGAUGAUGAAGAUGCUGAUGAGGAGGAGGAGGAGGAGGAGGAAGCAGAAGAAGAUGAUGAUGAUGAUGAUGAUGAUGGUGAAGAAGUAGAUGAAGAGGAAGAAGAAUAUAGGCUUUAUUUGCAGCGCUGUAGUAAGAAAGAGAAAAUCAAAGAAGAGAUAAAGGAAGAAGAAUGCGAAGAAGAAGAAGAAGACAGGGACGAUGAUGAUGAUUUCGCUGUUAUGCACAAUGUUGAGACUGUUGCUGGAGAUAUACAUCAAGCUGCAGAUAUUGUGUUUCCCUCGGAUGGGCUUCUUCCAGAUCAGGCAGUGGAUUUUUUCAACCACGGCUCUAAAAGAGGGAUUGAUAAUGACGGCGACCAUUCCAUGGCCACUCAUUCUCUGGGUGCAAAUAAGAGAAUGAGGGUGGAAGAAGCUCCCUCUGAUAAACCAGAUGACCUCAUGUCAUGCAUCGAACGAAUACAAAGUUUGGUGGCAAGAGCUAAGAUAUUGAAUGAUGCAAGGGAGAAAAGUGAUCACGACUUCACUGCGCACACUCAUUUUUUGCUUGAAGAGGUGCAGAAGCGUGACAACGCGAUCCAACAGAUUAACAACAAUAUGUAUGAAGAGAUUAAAAAAAGAGAUGCCCAGAUUUAUCGACUCGAAAGGGAACUUUUCACAAUGGGCAAUAUUUUGGAUGCUUAUAGGAAGGCAUUGAAGAGUACUCGCCAGGAAUUCGCGGACUAUAGGCUGCGAGUUCAGCUUCCCGAGGAACCAAUUUACAAGGACGCGGGACCUGGCGGUCUAGUGUUGACCACUGCUGAAAUUGAAAUGCUUCGUCUCAAACAGCAAGAUGAGUUUAGGUCAAGCUGCAUGGUUCUGGAGAUGAGGGCAAAAGAGGCAGAAGAAGUUUUCGCUACUGAAUUUGAGAUGUAUAUGGAAAAAGUUCUUGCACUGGGAAGCAGGCUGACUGGUCUUUCUGACAAUCUCAAAGAAUUGCAUGACAAUAGAAAAGCUCUGAAAACUCAGCAGCCGGCUCACAUCACUGUUGAAACGCUGAAUGAUCCUCCAACAGAACUAAAAGCUGAGUAAGGUGUAGGAAAGAUGUGUUCUUGGGACGUUACUUGUGCGACGUUGCAGGUUUUGAAACUUUCGACUGGUGCAAAUGGUAUUGUAUUGCAUUCUUGGUCAUGUAUUUUGUUUGUAAUCCUUUGAACUUCAAAAGUUUGUUAACUGCUUGUAUUUUGCUUUUAGUUUGACAAAAAAUGUUUUGAGAUGGCAUAUGGUGCUUCAGUCCCCUGGCAUUUGAAGCCAG